AUGAAACAUCCAAAAGAUCACUCUUCCUUCAUUAUAUUCCCUUCAAAAAAAAUCAUUUUUUCUCUCAUUUUUUGUCUUUUCCUUUCACUUUUUCUCACAAUCUACUCUCUUAAAUCCCUCUACUCCCCUCUUUCUCUCCCUAUCCACGUCUCGAUACCCGAACCUGAACCUGAACCUGAACCCGCACCUGCAUCCGACACAACCAAACUCAACCACAUUGUAUUUGGUAUUGGGGCCGCAGCAAAUAAAUGGGGCCGCCGCAAAGAAUUCAUUAAACUAUGGUGGCAACCCAACAUUACUCGUGGGUACGUCUUCCUAGACCGACCCGUUACCCUAUCAAAAACCGAAAAACUUAAUGAAUACCCGACCCUAAAAAUAUCCGAAGAUAUCAAUAAAUUUAAUUACCCGACCAAGUUGAGAGAUGGUAUCCGGAUAACCCGAAUCAUAUCCGAAUUGGUUCGGAUGGGUCUUGAAGACAUUAGAUGGUACGUUAUGGGAGAUGACGAUACUAUAUUUUUCCCGGAUAAUUUGGUUCGGGUCUUACAAAAAUAUGAUCAUAAUAAAAUGUAUUAUAUUGGGAGUAAUUCAGAAACACAUAUGCAAAAUCUUAAUUUUGCACAUGAUAUGGCUUUUGGUGGGGGUGGAUUUGCUAUAAGUUAUACUUUAGCUUUUGCUAUUGAAAAAAUUCAGGAUCGGUGUCUCCAAAGGUAUACGGGUCUAUAUGGGUCCGAUGAUCGGAUCCAGGCUUGUGUCUCCGAGCUCGGUGUCUCGCUAACGAAAGAACCCGGGUUUCAUCAGUUUGAUGUAUAUGGCAACUUAUUUGGUAUCCUAACAGCACAUCCAAUAGCACCAUUAGUGAGUUUGCACCAUUUAGAGAAAGUUGAUCCAAUCUUCCCUUACAUGGGUCGUCUUCAAGCCCUACAACGCCUAAAAAUUCCAUCAAAACUCGACUCAUAUUCUUUAAUGCAACAAUCAAUUUGUUACGACACAACCCGAAAUUGGACGAUCUCAGUCUCAUGGGGAUACGCAGUUCAAAUAAUACGAGGUACUAUAACACCAAGAGAAAUGCAAAGACCUUCUAGAACAUUCUUUAAUUGGUACAAAAGAGAUGAACCUUCUAGUUUUUCUUUUAAUACAAAGCCACUUAGUAAACACCCUUGUGAAAAACCCUACAUUUAUUAUCUUACUAAUGGUGUGUUUAAUGAUAUGGUUAACGAAAGUGUGACCGAUUAUUUGGUGCAUCAAAUGCCUCAUCCUUGGUGUUGGUGGGACAUGGUUGAUAAUCCUCAAAAGAUUCAUAGGGUUCAAGUUUAUAAGAAGCCUAAUCCAAAUAAAUGGGAUGAGGCUCCAAGAAGGGAUUGUUGUAGGGUGUUGCAAACAGACAAGCAAGAUACAGUGGUAGUUAAUGUAGGGGAAUGUAGAGAAGGGGAAGCCAUUGAACCACUAUAA